AUGUUGCGGCCCAUUGAAGACGAAGUCUGGUACUGCCCUCGUCAGUCCCGACACUGGACACACUGCCAAUCUGCGAUCAUGGUACCGAAAAACUCCACAGAGCUUCCAACCGAGAUCAAAUCGUUCGAUACACUCAUCUACCUUGGACUCAAUAACGAGCGCGCAGCUGAACUCUGGGCCAAGUGGGCAGAGAAUGGCUACCGGUACUUUGACGAUGAUCAGGCAGGCCCGGACAUGACCUGCAAUUGCUUUGGAUGCUUCGUUAGAGACUGUCUGCGCCAUUGGAGGUAUUUCAGGCGCGCCGACUUUGGAGACUCCGACGUCGACUGGCGUCCGGCGUUGCGAGCAUCUGGUGCCAACGAGGCCCUCAUCGAGGCGAUCAUGGGAACGUCGGGAACCGAUGGCAUCCGUUUGACCCAGUCGACCGCGGAAUGGAUUGACAAUGCCAUCAUGUGGCGGUGGGAGUGGCUUUGUGUCGUCCAUGAAGCACAUAAUGGCGGUUUUGAUCUUUCGAACGGCAUCCACGUUCACGCCGCAAAGAGCACAGUACCCGAACACGAUGUCACCAACAUCACUUGGAACCGCGAAAUCAACCGGCCAGUCAAACCUGACGGAGGCAAAACCGACCACAUUCCUCUGUGGAAGGCGGUCCCUCGCGUCCACGCUGAGGCUGUAUGGGACGCAGAAAGGGCUAAAGCCCAACACUGGACGCCAGACCUGGAAUUCGCACAGAUGUACGCCGACUAUUGCCAAAAGAUCGCUGGACCGGCUCCAUUUUGUCUCGCUCGCCUGGAAGUGCCCAACUCGGUUUUCAAGAAGCACACUCGAAAGCUUCUACAGUACCCCAGCGAAAAGUGGAAACGGGUUACAUACGCCUCGCACAUCCGUCGCUGCGCGAAACCGGAGAGUCUGACUCAAGAACUCCUCCGUACCGCUCUACUCGUCGGCGAUAUUGCCACCGGCCUCAACAGCAGGUCCACCCCGUUGAAGAGUUGGGAAGAAGUCAGCGACAAGCACACCCUCAAGCUGAAGUCGGGCCAGAGAGCGACGCAGUUCGUGUUCGAUCACGAGUUUAUUGGCCGACAUGAGGACUACGAGGAGUUUAUUGAUGCUGUCAACAAGCUGGAGAGCAGAUUCACGAUUCGAGACGUCGAGCGGCCGAAUGUCAUUCUGCCUCCGAUAGGUGGCUUUGAUGAUGAGUCGAACGAGUCGUUGCGCAAUGUCGUAUAUGUCUCUAUGCUGUCGGAUGUUGACUGGUAG